AUCAUUAGACAACAAAACAAGAAUGGACAGUUCAAGUUUCGAUUUCGAAUCACUUCAUGAAGAUCUACAAAUGCAGAUUCUGUCAUGGUUGCCUCUGAAAUCCUUGGUGAAGUUCCUCAUCGUCUCGAAGAAAUGGGCAUCUAUUAUCCUUGGGGAACAAUUUCGAAAAAUCUACUUGAGCCGAUCGAUGACAAGGCCUCGACUGAUGUUCAUGAUCGAACGAUAUACAUCACAGCCACCCAGUGCCCCACCUGAACUUGAUAUGUCGUGGUUGAACUCUGUUUAUCAAGAGGGAAGACUUAUACCCGUAUCACCUGACACUGAGGUGUUGUUUCACUCUGUUUAUCAAGAGGAGAAACCAUUGUUGUCGUCUGGUCAACAACAAUUGCGUAUUCCUAUUGAUAUAAUGGCUUGUCAUUUUUCUCAGCCCAUCCGAGGUUUGAUCUGUCUUCAGUUAGGAACUAAGUUUGCGAUUUUCAAUCCGGGUGCGAAAAAGUUACGGAAGUUACCAGAGAUCCAAGCACAUGAAAAUGCUUGGAUAAAAAGUUUUCUCGGAUACGAUGAAGCUACGAAUGUAUUCAAGGUGUUAUGUAGGACAAGCUUGAUGAUGUCAGGUCAAGAAACUAAGGAAUAUCAUGUCUUGACGGUGGGAUCGGUUGAAGAUGAAGAACCUUGGAGAAGGAUCACAUGUAAGUAUGAUCAUUCACCAGCUAUUGAAGGACUAUGGAAAGAAGGGGUUUUGUACUAUGGAGCCAGGUUUAGUAUUGACAAAUCUCUGGUCGUCAUGAGCUUCAAUGUUAGGUCUGAACAGUUUAGUACCGUCAUUGAAUUUCCUGAUGGAUCUGCUCAUAGCCGUUGGAAUUUUGUGAUUUAUGAUGGGAACAUUGCCUUAGUGGAUAACUCUGACUUUGACAAUGAUGUUGUGAAUGAACCGGAUGGGACUAAAGUUUUUCAGAUAUUUGUUUUGGAUGAAACCGCACGGAAAUGGCGGGGAGAGCGCAUCAAGAUUCAUUGUUGGGAACAAAACGUUGGAGAUAUGGAACUUCAUUUCAGAGGUACCAUUGGAACAGGAAAACUUGUUUUCGCACAUUACCAUAACCGUUACGGCCGUGAUCUCUUUGUGUUGUAUUACGAUACAGUCACAAAAAUUAUCAGAAUGUUUAAUAUUGGAAAUGGAAGAGUGGUUGGCGACUAUGAUGUUGUUCAAACGUUCUUGGAUCAUGUUGAUAGUCUUUUCCUUAUGUGA